UUAUUUUAGUUCUCUCCGAGAUAGCGAGUGAUCUGGCAGUCGAAUUUUGAUUUUCCGUUUCUUUCUCUCGCGCUGUUUUACGGCGAAGAUGAGAUUCGCAAUUGUUUCUGCAAUUGUUUGCGGCGUUUUGUUUGUUUCAGUAUGUGGUGAAGAUGAGAAUAAAAAUAGACGAAAGCGAUUUAUAAAUGCCGAUGCUUUUAGAAUAUUGCCGGACAGUUUUCUAAGGAUUGGUGACAUUGCCCGUGAGCUUACAGAUGGACUUUCAUCCCAGACAGCUAUGGUAUUCCAGCAAGCCGUACCAGAAGUUACAAAGUCGCUGAGUGGUCGAGGACGACAAACACCUUUUAGGAGGCAAGAAGAAGAGCGGGAUGAGAAACCAAAGAGAGGUCUCGUCAGAGUCCCUAUAGAAAGAGAACGAGAGACUGAAGGCGACGAGGACGAGAUAGAAACGUUCAACCCCGUGCAGACACCAGAAACAACACCCGCGCAAGGCGAAACGGAUGUUCACUUCAAUCCUUUUAUUCCAUUUUCGUUUUCUUUCGGACUCUUGAGACCACCAAAUGUAUGUGAAGAAAGGAGUGAGGUGGAAGAGCCCGAAGCAGAGUCUACUGACUUGUCCGGAAUUAUUGGAUUCAACUUUCAGUCUACCCAAUGUGUGCCUUCUGAUUCGUCAUAUGUUUGUACAAAAAAAAUCCAGACGAACGGUAUGAGAAAGACAAUUAUAAGCAGGCGUCAGUGUUGUCAUGGAUACGUACGACGAACUGAUGGAAGGCCCGGCUGUAGUGCUUUAAAAAUGGAAAACCUCAUUGACACCAUAAAAACAUUAGAAAUGAAGAAAUUUCUACGCUGGAUAGAGACAUCAGAAUUGCAAGAGCAGCUACAAACCGACAACUUCACCGUUUUCACUCCUGCCAAUGAAGCUGUCAUUGAUUUUGAGGAUGAUACCGAAGAUAAUGAGAUAUCUGCAAUAAAUCCAGCUAAAUUCACUGACGUAACAUCGGUUGUAUUGAGUCAUAUUGUCCCUGGGUACAAAAACGUGGAUAGUUUGGAAAACGAGCAACUCCUAGAAACACUUGAUGAGGAAUCUAAAAUACGAAUCAACAAGUACCACACAUCGCAAGCAGUUACAGCUAAUUGCAUUCCUAUCAGCGGGAAAAACAACUUCGCGACUAACGGCAUCGUCCACUUGGUGUCAGGUGUUUUACCAAAAGCUUCACGGUCACUGGGAAAUAUGCUUGAAGAGGAUGGACAAUUUAAUACCAUGAAAAGACUCUUAGAAAAAAAUGGUAUUUUGGAAGAUCUAAAAAAUUCUGAUCAAGCUUGGACUGUGUUUGUGCCUACUGAUGAAGCUUUCAGGAAACUCCCUCGAGGCAUGCUAAGGCAAAUUGAGUCUGGAGAAGGAUGUGUACAAAGUAUACUGCUGGAACAUCUGGUCAAACAAACAGUAUGCACAUCGGCCGUUGUCAGCCAAGUUCGGGUGAAAAAUAUGUUGGAAAACAACUUGAAGCUCACCAAGGAUGAAACUGAGAAAUUGAGAGUGAAUGGAGCUCUUUUGGAGACUGAAAACAAAGUCGGGACGAAUGGAGUCAUUCACGUCAUCGAUAAAGUUCUGAUUCCUCCACAAGCACGAAGUCUUUUAAAAGCUUUGGAAGAAGAAGAAAGAACUGAUAUGUUAGAUCUGAUUGAAACUGCAGAAUUAAUGGCCGAAUUGGAAAAAAUGGAAAAUGUUACCUUCUUUGUCCCUUCCAAAGAAGCAUUAAUGAGCCUGUCCAAUGAAACAUUGCUUGAACUACAGAGUGAUAAAGACAUAGCGAGAGCAGUCAUUCUCGGUCAUUUGAUUCAGCCACACACUCCUACUUCCAUGUUCAAGGACAACAAACGAUUUAAGACAAUGGGUGGUCAUGAGGUUCAUUUAAAAUUGCACGAAAUGUUUCCCGGACUGGUAACUGCUGCUACAGUGCAAUGUGCCUAUGUAAUGAGUCACGACAAUCAAGCUUGUGGGGCCAUCUUUCACAAAAUCAACAAGGUACUUAUGCCCCCCAAAGGCAGCAUUCUUCAGACACUGAAAGGUAUGGAGGGGCAUGACAUACUUAUAAAACUUCUUCAAGACACAGAACUACUAACAAAACUGGACGAGGAAGGGCCCUUUACAUUUUUAGCUCCAACAGACGAAGCCUUUGAGAAACUUGAUGACAUCACACUGGAGGAAUUGCUGGAAAACAAAACUAAAGCAGAAGAAAUAUUGAGGCUGCACGUUUUACCAGAAGUUCUUUGCUGCAACAGUGUCAACCACGCUUCACCUCUCCACCGACAGUAUGUACGAACACUAGAAGGGAACAUUAUGCCUCUGCAUAGGAGCCUUAAUGACAAGGUCCGGUUUGGAAGGGCUAGAGCUGUGCAAUGUGAUAUAUCCGCAACUAACGGACUUAUACAUUCCAUCAACCGAGUGAUUUUGCCUCGUAGACCAACGUACAGUUUGUUAGGCUUGGACUUUUGGGAUUUCUUUUGAAAGUGUUUCAAAUAUGAGAAAGAUCUGAAAACUAAUUUAUAAAAUGUAUGUCUUAAAGCGUAUGCUUAAUUUGUAAUAUUUACAGUGUUUUUACAAAUAAACUUUUUAUCUAACUUUGA